AUGCGGCCUUUGAGAGGUAUCAAGGUCGGUGAUCGCGAGUAUGCUCGUCGGCGUUUCGGUACAGUCAUGAGUUUCAUUGCCGAUCUCAUCGUCGACGUGAGGGAGAUGCGCAAGGUGGAGGACCUGCUGGAAUCGACCGACAGAUCCGUCAUGGCAUUCAAAGACAGCCACUUGAGAGCCGUGGGAAGUGUUUCCACGACCGCAGCCAUCGUCGCCCAGCUGUCUUCCACCACUCUCCAGAUGCCAGGACUGAGCCAUGUCCACUGGACGGCUCCCGGUUGUAUCAUCGCCAGUCUUCUUUUUGGUGUGCUCACCGUCAUCCUCGGCACGGUCCAGCAGCAGAUCUUCGGCACGCUUAACAACCCGGAAGGUGUGCGCAUGUGGCUCAGCAACGGCCGCUUCUAUCCUCCGCACCGCUUCUGCCGCCCGCGGUACGACGAGUUGGUGGGAGAAACCGACGACAGCUUCUGCUACCACGGCAACAACCUAGCCUCGACAGCUCAAUUCCGUGGGACCGCUCCGCAGGGCAAGAGGCGGCUGCAGGUAUCCAUUGCCGCUCUGCAGCUGAUGUCCAUGCCGCACAAGUUCCUGACUGCCGCCGUCGCCUUCUUCCUCGCAGGAUUCGCGCUGUAUUUGGGCUUCGCUUUCCGCCAGGAUCUGGACGAUACUCCCGCACGGGACAACAACGAGGCCGUCUUCAUCUCGUUCGUCGCCGUCGCUACGGCUUCCCUCGUUUCAGGCUUGGGCGUUGGCGUGUGGAAGGUGUGGGAAGUCCGGGGCGCCGAGGAGAGGUCUGACAGAGACUCGUACGGCGACGAGUCGGAGUCCUUCACCGACAGCAGCGAGGAGAGCGGCUACGAAGCGGACGAGUCUCAGGUUCUGACCAGCCCGCAGGUGCAGCGACCACGGGCCAAGAAGCCGCGCAGGGGCAGGCAUGAUGAAAUCGCCGAGGUGCUGGAGGAGGCUGCCCGGCUGCAUAAGCGCUUGGCGCGGUUGAUGCGGGAGGAGACUGAUGGUGAUUGA